AUGCCACUGCGAUCCCAUCACGGCUGCGCACGCUGCAAGCAACGACGACAGAAAUGCGAUGAGAAACGACCCAGUUGUACUCGCUGCACAGAAGCUGCCGUCACCUGCGAGUAUGUUAUUACUCUCAAAUGGGAUGGCCGAGUCCCCCGAAAGCAGGAGCAAGCAUCAUCACGACAAAGGCGAGCGCGAAAAAGUGCUUCUACGACAUGGAGAAUCUGUUCGGGAGAGGGGCGUAGUCCUCCCAAUGCUCGACUUUUGAUGAAUACGAGCGAAAAAGGACUAGAUCUUAUCAAGAAAGUGGAUGCUUUCAAUGGACUAUGUUUUAGGGAUAAAUUACUACUGAAUCACUUCAUAACGACUGUGUCCAUGUUAAUGAGCCACACUUCACUGCGUGACCAGGCAUGCCAGAUCCUGCCAGUAGCGCUGGAGACACCCUCAUUACUUUACGCGACACUAGCUUUUUCAGCUCUUCAUCUUUCAACAUUAGUCAACGAUGAUUACUCCGGAAAUGGAAGUUUAAUGUGUGGUACACCGGCCGAAGACAUUUUGGCUAGUAGUAUCACACAUCUACGUCAGGAGCUGAAUGACAAGAACACAACUACCAAUACAACCGGUCUCCUACAUACCGUCAAAACUCUUUGCCUGUUUGAGAUUUAUUCCGGUAAAUACGACUCAUCAUGGCGAGCCCAUUUGAAAGGGGCAAGGGCGUUACUCCAGACAAGAGGCCUUGUUCCUACGAAUCAAUUAGGUGGUUGGCUGAUAUCGAGAUGGUACAUCUCCAUCGAAGCUUUAUCCGCAGUGACAAAAGACGAGAAUCGAGAUGAAGAGCAGAAGAAGAAAUUUAUUUAUCCCAUCAUUGAUGCUGUGGCUACACAUGGUUCUGUUCUGGAUAUUUAUGCUGGAUAUUCCUCUGACCUGCAUCUCGCGUUCAGAGAUAUUGGCCAUCUGAUGCAACAGUAUGCAUCCGUGAGGACGCCGAAGUAUUACUGUGGCGACGAUAUUCUCACGGAAUUCCUUAUCCACUGCGAUGAAUGCAUCGAAAUCGAAUAUCGAGUCGAAAAGAUGAUUCGUCGAGAUCGUAACGGUAAAUUGCAAAUCCCACCUGAAAUCUCUCUUAGUCCCGACGAGCUUCGGAUGUUCGCAGCAUGUAACACGGCAUAUCAGUAUUCUGCGCUACUGCAUAUUAGACGGAGACUGCACAAUAUGGACUCGGACUCUGAGCAAGUCCAGCAAUGCGUAAGGGGGGUUUUGGAUACUGUGUGCGAAGUGAGACCGGUUUCGGUUUUGUCGCCAUGGAUUUUGCUUACGACGCCUAUAUUUACGGCUGGAUGCGACGCCAUAGACCAAGAUCGAGAUACAGUCAAGACCUUACUACAGGAACUGUACACAGUCCUCCGAAUCCGCAACGUUCUUAGAGCAAUCAAAAUACUGGAGGAGCACUGGAAAUGGCCUUAUGAUUGUACUGAUAUAGCCAAUUUCCUGCCAUUCUGACUUCGACCAUGACAUAGAGUUAUUGUGCCCUAGGACUAAUUAGGAAAGUCGAGGAGAAGACGAUAGCGAUAAGAUAAGAGCAU